GGUGCUCAUUGCGUGGUUUGAUUCCUUGGAUGGACACACUUGCUUUACACUUCCUCCCAAUUUUUGUCCCAACCUUUUAGUGUAUCUUCCUGGGAAUGGUAAAAAACAAAGCAAAACAUUUUGGUUUUACUUCAAGCUGCCUUUGGACUGUUAUUCCCUUGUUCCGCUCAUUUCAUGGGAUUGGAUUCUCCUAACUUCGUUGUUUGGUGAGUCUCUUUGCUUUGCUCUUUGCCCCGAUCUUCUGUGCAUUCUGCGCCGACCCCGCAAGUGCUCCUGCACUCCCUCCCAGCCCACUGCUGGGGCUUAAUGCUUCCCAGCCGAGGUCAGACUGCCGUGCGCUUCGAGUACCCGCUGCCGAGGACUCGACAAACGCCUCUCCGGCCGGUUGAGGACAGCUCCAGUACACCGCCAACACGCGCGCCUCUGCCCAGUGCCGCGCCCAGCGGGUGUUCAGACGCCUUCUCUCCAUCCCCGCCGGCGCGCCCCAGGCACUCGGAACGCCCCCACCAGUGUGACGCGUCCUGUCUCCCCGGCAGCUCGCGGACACUCGCACUUGCAAGGCCUGGCCAGCACUCCUGGGCCCGCCCCCCGACGGUGUAGGGGCGGAGACGACGGCUCCCCUAGGCUCUGGCUCCCGGCCUUGGCCUGCGCGGGUAGGCGCGGGAUCCUCGAGCGCCGCUCGGAUGCAGCAGCCGAGCCGCCACUCGGCGCGCGGCAGGAGACACAGGGCAAGCCGCCGUCGGCGAGCUGGGUGCGGGAAGCGGGCUCUGGAUUUCGGUCCCUCCCCUUUUACCUCUGAGUCUCGGAACGCUCCGGCUCUCAGACCGUCUUCCUCCCAGGUAAAGGCCGGGAGAGGCGGGCACAUCUCUUUUCCAGGCACCCCACCAUGGGCAAUGCCUCCAAUGACUCCCGGCCUGAGGACUGCGAGACGCGACAGUGGCUUCCCCCAGGCGAAAGCCCAGCCAUCAGCUCCGUGAUGUUCUCGGCCGGGGUGCUGGGGAACCUCAUAGCACUGGCGCUGCUGGCGCGCCGCUGGCGGGGGGACGCGGGGUGCAGCGCCGGCCGCAGGAGCUCCCUCUCCUUGUUCCACGUGCUGGUGACGGAGCUGGUGUUCACCGACCUGCUCGGGACCUGCCUCAUCAGCCCGGUGGUACUAGCUUCUUACGCGCGGAACCAGACCCUGGUGGCACUGGCGCCCGAGAGCCGCGCGUGCACCUACUUCGCUUUCGCCAUGACCUUCUUCAGCCUGGCCACGAUGCUCAUGCUCUUCGCCAUGGCCCUGGAGCGCUACCUCUCGAUCGGGCACCCCUACUUCUACCAGCGCCGCGUCUCGCGCUCCGGGGGCCUGGCCGUGCUGCCCGCCAUCUAUGCCGUCUCCCUGCUCUUCUGCUCACUGCCGCUGCUGGACUACGGGCAGUACGUCCAGUACUGCCCCGGAACCUGGUGCUUCAUCCGGCACGGGCGGACCGCUUACCUGCAGCUGUACGCCACCCUGCUGCUGCUUCUCAUCGUCGCGGUGCUCGCCUGCAACUUCAGUGUCAUUCUCAACCUCAUCCGCAUGCACCGCCGAAGUCGGAGAAGCCGCUGUGGACCUUCCUUGGGCAGUGGCCGGGGCGGCCCCGGGGCCCGCAGGAGAGGGGAAAGGGUGUCCAUGGCGGAGGAGACGGACCACCUCAUUCUCCUGGCUAUUAUGACCAUCACCUUCGCCGUCUGCUCCUUGCCUUUCACGAUUUUUGCAUAUAUGAAUGAAACCUCUUCCAGAAAGGAAAAGUGGGACCUCCAAGCUCUUAGGUUUUUAUCAAUUAAUUCAAUAAUUGACCCUUGGGUCUUUGCCAUCCUUAGGCCUCCUGUUCUGAGCCUAAUGCGUUCAGUCCUCUGUUGUCGGAUUUCAUUAAGAACACAAGAUACGAUACAAACUUCCUGUUCUACACAGUCAGAUGCCAGUAAACAGGCUGACCUUUGAGGUCAGUAGUUUAAAAGUUCUUAGUUAUAUAGCAUCUGGAAGAUCAUUUUGAAAUUGUUCCUUGGAGAAAUGAAAACUGUGUAAACAAAAUGAAGCUGCCCUAAUAAAAAGGAGUAUACAAACAUUUAAGCUGUGGUCAAGGCUACAGACCUGCUGACAAGGCACUUCAUGUAAAGUGUCAGAAGGAGCUACAAAACCUACCCUCAAUGAGCAUGGUACUUGGCCUUUGGAGGACCAAUCGACUGCACUGAAGAUCCAGUUGCCUUUUGAUUUAAGCUUUCCUGUUGAAUGACAAAGCAUGUGGUUUUGUAAUUUGUUUGAAACCCCAAAUAGUGACUGUAUUUUCUAUUUUAAUCUUGCUACUACCGUUAUAAAUGUAUAGCGUACAGCCAGACCAGAUUAAACUUCAUAUGUAGUCUCUAGGAAGUCGAUAUGUGGAAGCAACCAAGCCUGCUGUGUUGUGAUCACUUAGUGAACACUUUAUUUGAACAAUGAAGUUGAAAAUCAUAGGCA